CAUCCCCAGUGCACUACAACCCUUCAACAUUACCUUUGUACCUAGAGAAUGGGUCCUCCUUUAGCUCAAGAGCUUACUCAAGCCUGCAACCAGCCACUUGCUGCUACCAGCAACCUGCAGCCUGAUGAUGGAUACAAGAUCGAACUCAGGGCUGAAAAUACAGUCGACAAAUAUCCUGCAAAACAACAUGCGCGAAGGGUUGCCGCUCAGAUCCGCCAGGGUAAGGGGCUUAUUUUUCUGAUGGGUCAGAAAUCUACACUACACGAAGACUCCGACCAGGAGAGGUCGUUACGCCAACGACGCUACUUUUUCUAUCUGUCAGGCGUUGAUGAAGCCGAUUGCGACCUUACCUACGAUAUCAAGACUGAUAAAUUGACUUUAUAUGUCCCCGAUUUUGAUUUGAGACGGGCAAUCUGGAUGGGGCCCACCUUGGAACGAAAAGCCGCAUUACAGAAGUUUGACGUCGACGAGGUUAACUACCACUCCUCCCUGGAUGAAGAUGUCAAGAAAUGGGCUAAGAAUCAAGACCCUGGCUCAACAAUAUACCUUCUUCACGGAUCACAAGGUCCCGCAGAGAACCCACCCAACGUCAUUAUCGAUAGCAAAGCGCUCAAGCUGGCGAUGGAUGCCUGUCGAGUUAUAAAAGAUGAACAUGAGAUUCAGCUCAUCCGACGCGCCAACGACAUAUCAGCUGCUGCACAUCUAGAAAUUCUCCGCGGAAUAACAUCAAUGAGCAACGAGUCUCAUAUAGAGGGCAGCUUUUUGAAUACGUGCGUCUCGCUAGGGGCGCACAAUCAGGCGUACCAGAUAAUCGCCGCCUCUGGCUCGAAUGCAGCUACGCUUCAUUACUCGAAGAAUAAUGAACCUCUCAAAGGCCGCCAGUUUGUCUGCCUCGACGCUGGCGCCGAGUGGAACUGCUACGCAAGUGACGUGACACGUACCUUCCCGAUCACUCACCAAUGGCCGAGUAUAGAAGCCAAACAAAUAUACCAAUUGGUGCAGGAAAUGCAGGAAAGCUGUAUUGCACUUGUCAAAGAAGGGGUCAGAUAUCUAGACCUUCACUUCUUAGCGCACAACAUCCUCAUUAAGGGAUUCCUUACCCUCGGCAUAUUUAAGGGCGGCACGCUAGAUGAGGUCAAGAAGUCCGGUGCAUCCCUCCUCUUUUUCCCCCAUGGCCUUGGACAUCAUAUUGGUCUGGAAGUACACGAUGUUUCUCCACAAUCCAUAAUGGCACAGGGCAUCAAUGAUGAUUCCAACAAUAAGUUGAUUUUGCCAACGUGCGUAUCGCCAUGUACUACAUCAUCGCCUGCUUUAACAUCCGGGAUGGUGAUUACAAUCGAGCCGGGGAUCUAUUUUUCGCAGCUCGCGCUGGACAAUGCAAAGCCGGAACAACUCAAGUAUAUCGAUAUGGCACGAGUCAAAAAUUACAUGGCAGUCGGAGGCGUGCGGAUCGAGGACGACAUUUUGGUUACGAAGACAGGUCACGAGAAUUUGACCAAGGUCCCGAAAGGAGAUGACAUGUUAGAGAUUAUUCGACAGGGGAAGAAGGGAAAUGACUCACACCAUGUGUAGACCGACCGACCUGGUGAUUGUUGAAUUCAAGGAUGCCUUGCGCUCACUUGGAGAGCCAAUUGCUAAUCAAUAACCCUAGAUUAUAAUAUCAUCAUCUUACGCCAUGCUUGCAAAUCUCUGGCGACCUACUAUGACUCGUACCUUAGAUCCGAGAAUUUUGGAGAACUGGCUAGAAGCUUUCGCUAUGGAUUUUUUUUUUUUUUUUUCAUCUUUAUUUUCCAUCGAUUUAUUUAUAUUUCGCAUUUACAUUAUUUUAUGCUGGCAUCCCGAUCGCUCGCUAGAAGGCCACAUGACCAGAUCUAUUUCACGGGAGUACUGCGUCUGCUAGAUAGUUGCAAUGAACCAGCCUUCCAACUCCAUCAAUUUACACUUAUAUUUAUUUUAUGGCUAUUUU